AAUGGAAGUCGACGUACUGGAGGAUGAUUUUGACAUGAAUGAAAAUACUCAAAGGACGAAAAUUGGUCCAAUCAAAAACCAGCGAUCGUCAUCGAUCUCGCCUGAUCAACGGACUAAAGAACUCUUUUCACCUGAAGACGCUAUUAACAACGACUUCUUCUACGACGACGAAUUAGUCCUGAAGGAGAGCGUUUGUUCUGAAUUCUCUGUCGAUUUAAAUAGGCCACUUUUCACGCCGAGAAGCAGCAUUCAUGAAGAGAUAAUGGAAGAAACCAACGAAGAGGUCAACAGUUUUCAUUUGGAUAUAGCUGCUUGCAACGAGCAUAGAUAUUAUCUUUCUUUUGCCCAAAAUGUCCAGAAGCUCGAAACUUCAGAUCCUCCUUCUUUAAGGUCUAGUACGGCAGAUAGUAUGCAGAAUUGGGCUGGAAAAAGUUACGCUAAUGAGGUAGCUAACGAAGCCACAUGGCCGGAAAUAAUGAAAGCUUCCGAUUGUUCGGGCAAUAAUAAUACUAGACCGAAGGAGGAAAAAGUUUUAACUACUUGGAAAACCAUUGGUAAACAACAAGAAGAGGCUACUAGAAGUAAAUCUUUGGGUGAUCUCAACGUUCAAAGAAUAAAGCCGAGUUUAAAUAAAACUAAAAGCGUACAGGAACCGGAAAAAGGCGGUAAACGCCAGUCAGCCGAAUCUCUUGUUGAAGCCUUCCAAAAAGUUCGCUAUCAAUUUCCAGAUGUGGAUUUAGCCCAGAUAGCUAAUACAGCUUGGAGCAUGACACCGUCUAGUUGCGAUCUUCAAUGGCCAAACGAGAAAAAGGACUUUGCUGUCCAAACAACCACUAGACGAGCAUUUAGCGCUUACGAACUUCCAGAUUUAAAUUUCCUUUACGAAGCACGUGAACCACCUGAUUUAAGUUUUGCGGAUGGCGAAAAAUUACCUCCAUUCCCUGAUCUGGAUUUAUUAGAUGAGAUUCUGCAGAAAAAUUUCAAUGAGAACAAAAGUCCUAAAAAGAACGACACUAAAUUUAAAAGCAAAAUUCCAACUCCUAAGAGUACAAAAAGUAAAAUACCAACUAGAACAUCUUCGAAAGAACCGCUAAAGAAGACGGCCACCGUUAGUUCUAGUUCAUCGGGAAUAGGUUCUUCGGUGAGAAAUGUUAUAUCUGACACAAGUACAAGCGAUUCAGAUGUUUGUGCUGGUAAAACUAAAAAACUAUUGAGCCCUAAAAGGCGGGCGCAGAAUAAUAUGAAGAAAAUGGAGAAUUUAGGCCUAUCUCCUAAUAAAGAGAAAGUCGAGAAGAGGGAAGGAAAGCGAAAAGCUAGACCAGCAUCCGAUCCGUGCUUGGGAGAAAAACUAGAAGAGGAUAUGAAAAGAGGAAGAAAUCCAAGUGACGACGACGAUAAAAAUAGCAAAAAGAGUGUAUCAUUUAGCGAAAAUAUCAGCUAUUUAUCACCACAAAGACGAAGAGGAAGUUGUCCUGGAAAAACAGAUUUCCAAGCAGAAGAAUAUCUUCAAGUUACAAUAGAAUCCUCAAUAACGAGCCAAGAAGCCGAACUUAUAGAGAAGAGAAAACUUCUCUUACGAGUUAUCGAUUCCGCAAAUAUAAUUAAACGCCAUUUGGCUGGUGCAAGGGAUAGCGAACUGCAAGCCCGACUCGCAAAUACAGCCGUUACACCUUUAGUUGGCCAUCUUUUACUAGAGCAUUUAUGCCCAGCAAUAUGUAAUCUUGUUCAAGAUGGUCUAAGAUCUAAAGCACCUUCCCUCUUCGGUUAUAUGAAUAACAACAUAUGGAAAUUUGUCGAGGAUUCCGCAAAUACUGGUCCAACAACUCGGGUACUAUAUGAAGCAAUCCAGGAUUUGAAUAGCCUCAGCUUCUUAACAACGCCAAUAAUGAAAUUUAAUGCCUUCAUUUUCGCCCUUUUAAAUCACAAAGCCCUAGAUUUUUGGUUAUCACACGUUAUAAGUGAAGAAAAGUUCCUUUCUCGACAUCAUCUACCAAAUUCGAGUCUAAGAUUAGCUUCCGGCCCUCACUUAGGACCGCUGAGUUUGGAUAUGACAGACAGCCUUGUUCCCCUGUGUCAUAUUCAAUGGCAAUUACAGUAUUCAUUCGAAUACGAUCAAAUGGAAAGGUCAGAACAGCUUCGUCUCGCCGAUAGUGUUCUGCUAAAGCAUAUGUCACGUGCACAUGCCCACGAACACGCACAAAGAGCCCUUCAGAGUGAACAUGCCCGUCUAGUCAUGAUGGAUAUCACAAAAUCCAAGACUCUGGAACAAAGCCAUUCUGAUUCCGAGAUGAGACAAUCUACAUCGUAUUUGAAGAAAGCCGGAGAAUUAUUGUAUAAACUUCUUCCACCAAAAACUGGUAAAGACCAAAAAAUUGACAUACAAGACGAGAGUAUUGUGGAAAAAGUUCAAGACGCUUUAGAGGAACAAAAACCGGAAACAGUUAAAACGAAGAAAAGACAUAGUUGGAGUAGUUUAGCUCCAGCUUUAGUACAGCUUUUCGAUAAAUUACUAAUAGACACUUCAAAACAACCAGGAGAACCUUUACAGAACCGAAUGACAUCGUCGAGAAGUGAAAGUGAUUUAAGGGGGAAUUUUCCAGAAAGAAUGUAUAGAAGUCGUUCUGAACAGAUAUAG